CCGGAGCGACGGAUCGCGCCCAGGAGCGGCGAGCUAGCGGACGCAAACACUGGGCAUGCUCGGCGGCGGCGCAGGUUUUGGUCACAAGUAGGAAGAAGCCAGUGCACCAGACCGGCAAAGAGAAGCGGGAGCAGCCGCGGCAGCGCGGCCGUGGGGUCCGCAGACGCCGCCGCAUCGGAGCGGGAGAAGGAGCAGCGGGGAGCCGGCCAGGGCGAGGCCGCCGGGCCGAGAGCCGUCCCGCCUGCUCUCGGUCUUCUGCCUUCGCAUCCGCGCGGUGCGUCGGACCCAGGGUCUGUCACCUGGGCGCCAGGGGCCGCCGCCGGGGAGCCGGAGCGGGCGGGACCCUCCCUCCGCAUACUGCGGCCCGAGGGCGCCCCCGCGGGGUGGAGCGGCAGCUGCCUUCUGCGGGCGGCUGACUGUCCGUCUCGCGCCGGGAGCGGGCGGCCGCCGUCAGCCCCGAGGAGGAGGAGAAGGGGGCGGCCAUGGGGCUGCUGUCCCAGGGCUCGCCGCUGAGCUGGGAGGAAACCAAGCGCCAUGCCGACCACGUGCGGCGGCACGGGAUCCUCCAGUUCCUGCACAUCUACCACGCCGUCAAGGACCGGCACAAGGACGUUCUCAAGUGGGGCGAUGAGGUGGAAUACAUGUUGGUAUCUUUUGAUCAUGAAAAUAAAAAAGUCCGAUUGGUCCUGUCUGGGGAGAAAGUUCUUGAAACUCUACAAGAGAAAGGGGAAAGGACAAACCCAAACCAUCCUACCCUUUGGAGACCAGAGUAUGGGAGUUACAUGAUUGAAGGGACACCAGGACAGCCCUACGGAGGAACGAUGUCCGAGUUCAACACAGUUGAGGCCAACAUGCGAAAACGCCGGAAGGAGGCCACUUCUGUAUUAGAAGAAAAUCAGGCUCUUUGCACCAUAACUUCAUUUCCCAGAUUAGGCUGUCCUGGGUUCACACUGCCCGAGGUCAAACCCAACCCAGUGGAAGGAGGAGCUUCCAAGUCCCUCUUCUUUCCAGAUGAAGCAAUAAACAAGCACCCUCGCUUCAGUACCUUAACAAGAAAUAUCCGACAUAGGAGAGGAGAAAAGGUUGUCAUCAAUGUACCAAUAUUUAAGGACAAGAAUACACCAUCUCCAUUUAUAGAAACAUUUCCUGAGGAUGAUGAAGCUUCAAGGGCUUCUAAGCCAGAUCAUAUUUACAUGGAUGCCAUGGGAUUUGGAAUGGGCAAUUGCUGUCUUCAGGUGACAUUCCAAGCCUGCAGUAUAUCUGAGGCCAGAUACCUUUAUGAUCAGUUGGCUACUAUCUGUCCAAUUGUCAUGGCUUUGAGUGCUGCAUCUCCCUUUUACCGAGGCUAUGUGUCAGACAUCGAUUGUCGCUGGGGAGUGAUUUCUGCAUCUGUAGAUGAUAGAACUCGGGAGGAGAGAGGACUGGAGCCAUUGAAGAACAAUAACUAUAGGAUCAGUAAAUCCCGAUAUGACUCAAUAGACAGCUAUUUAUCUAAGUGUGGUGAGAAAUAUAAUGACAUCGACUUGACAAUAGAUAAAGAGAUCUACGAACAGCUGUUGCAGGAAGGCAUUGAUCAUCUCCUGGCCCAGCAUGUUGCUCAUCUCUUUAUUAGAGACCCACUGACACUUUUUGAAGAGAAAAUACACCUGGAUGAUGCUAAUGAGUCUGACCAUUUUGAGAAUAUUCAGUCCACAAAUUGGCAGACAAUGAGAUUUAAGCCCCCUCCUCCAAACUCAGACAUCGGAUGGAGAGUAGAAUUUCGACCCAUGGAGGUGCAAUUAACAGACUUUGAGAACUCUGCCUAUGUGGUGUUCGUAGUACUGCUCACCAGAGUGAUCCUUUCGUACAAAUUGGAUUUUCUCAUUCCACUGUCAAAGGUUGAUGAGAACAUGAAGGCAGCACAGAAACGAGAUGCUGUCUUGCAGGGAAUGUUUUAUUUCAGGAAAGAUAUUUGCAAAGCAGGUGGCAACGCAGUGGUGGAUGGUUGUGGCAAGGCCCAGAACAGCACAGAGCUUGCUGCAGAGGAGUACACCCUCAUGAGCAUAGACACCAUCAUCAAUGGGAAGGAAGGUGUGUUUCCUGGACUGAUCCCAAUUCUGAACUCUUACCUUGAAAACAUGGAAGUAGAUGUGGACACUAGAUGUAGUAUUCUGAACUACCUAAAGCUAAUUAAGAAGAGAGCAUCUGGAGAACUAAUGACAGUUGCCAGGUGGAUGAGGGAGUUUAUCGCAAACCAUCCUGACUACAAGCAAGACAGUGUCAUAACUGAUGAAAUGAAUUAUAGCCUUAUUUUGAAGUGUAACCAAAUUGCAAAUGAAUUAUGUGAAUGCCCAGAGUUACUUGGAUCAGCAUUUAGGAAAGUAAAAUAUGGUGGAAGUAAAACUGACUCAUCCAACUAGACGUUCUACAGAAAGAAAAAUGCGUUACUGUUUUAUUGACGAACUGACGGCAGUACGAUGCCUCUCAGCCCAUGUGUAUGAUACGAAGACUAAAUGAUAGAAUUGUACUGGGCCAGUGAACCAGAAAUUGAUUAAGGCUUUCUUUGGUAGGCAAAUCUAGAGUUUAUACAGUGUACAUGUACAUAGUAAAGUAUUUUUGAUUAACAAUGUAUUUUAAUAACAUAUCUAAAGUCAUCGUGAACUGGCUUGUAUAUUUUAAAAUUCUUACUCUGGAGCAACUACUGUCUAAGCAGUUUUGUAAAUGUAAUGUACUGGUAAUUGUACAAUACUUGCAUUCCAGAGUUAAAAUGUUUACUGUAAAUUUUUGUUCUUUUAAAGACUACCUGGGACCUGAUUUGUUGAAAUUUUUCUCUUUAAAAACACUUUCAUUAAUUUUCCUUUGUCAUUUCCUUUGUUGUGUAUAUUAAAUCACUUGAAUCCACUGAAGUGCUUCAAGGGUAAUCUUGGGUUUCUAGCACCUUAUCUAUGAUGUCUCUUUUGCAACUGGAACAGUUAACCACUUGGUCACCUUGCCCCAAGCUUUCCCCUCUGAAUAAAUACCCAUUGAACUCUGACGGCUGUUAUCAAAGGAACUUUUCUUUGUUUAAAUUUGCUGAUGCAGUAAUUAAGUUUUAACACAACUCUGUGGGAAGAAAGGAGAUUAUUACCCAGAAUUCACAUGUAGUGAUUAUUAAGGACAAUUUAUUUUUUUAAUUAAAAAAGUUGGCAGCGGGGGUGGGGGAUGGCCAUCAUUUUUCUUCCUAUACAUACAAAAGAUACUGUCAAAAAUGGCAUUAGUUCUUCUGUUGUGGCCUGUUAUUCUGAUUGCUGCUGUAUACAGUUUUGUUACUCUUUAGUUGUUAGUUAAGCAUAUUGAUAGACUGCUCUAAAAGCAAUUCACUCCAGAUUUUACCUGGGGAAUAUUCUACAUACUGCUUACUUUCUCUAUAAAACUCAUCAAUAAAUCAUGAAAGGCACUGAAUUCUGUAAAUCAGGACCCUAACUGUUUAAUUGUAAAUAAGUUUCAGAUAAUUGUUACAGCUUUGCGUUGACGUUUUGUUGGUUUUUUUUCAAUUAGUUAAGUCUUAACUGCUUCUAAAAUAACUCUGUAUUGUAGAUUAUGCAGACCUUUACAGGCAUAAAUAUUUAAACUGUAAUAUGCUAACUUGAAGAGAUUGCAAUAAAGCUGCUUCAGCUACCCCUGUUUAUGUUUAAAUACUAGGGUUUGUUCUAUAUUUUAUACACGCACUUUGGAUGAUUAAAGAAUGCCUGGUUUUCAUUUGCAAUUUGCUUGUGUAAAUCAGGUUGUAAAAAGGCAGAUAAAUUAAAAUGUUUGUGGUAUGAGGAAAUAAAAGAAUGGAAUUAGCAUUCAUUCAGAAA